UGCGACAUCAUCGUUAGCUUGCCAUCCCGUUUAAGGAAACCAACGCAACUAAAACGGAGGCUUUAUCCGCUCCUGUCCGCCGGGUUCUGGACUUUUGUGUGCGUGUUGGGCCCUCAUGGAGACCCGUUGAAGGGAGACGGAAGAGCGAAGAGCUCGUAUAGCGACUUCUGGGAGUUCAAAAACGGGCCUUACCGUGUCCGAAGAUCCGCGACUGCCUUGUGACAGCAUCAACACAACACGGAAACGCUGUAGGCGAGCUCCUAACUACGCAUGCGCUGCGGAGGGAGCGCGUUGACGACAUUCGGAACUCAUCCGAAGUCAAAACGAGCAAAAAUAAUUGACUUUAAGUUUUUAUAUUUGUUUUAAACUUGCUGGACCAAAUAAAUACACUUAAAGCAAACAAACAAAAAAAAUGUUAAAGGUCAUUUUGGAGAAUGUAAAACCAAUAUUACAACACAAACCAUCAGGUCAUUAAUUUUUGGGAGGAUUAAUGGUCACUUAAUUAAUCAACAUAUUAAUCAUAUAAUACAAGCACAUAUCUAUCCAUGCUUAUUUAUAUGCUUGUUUCAGGUUUUUCUCAUAAAUCCAGUUGUUGGUCCAAAUAUGGGAAUAAGAAUAGUUCAUCAGUGUGGUCCAAGCUCCUCCCUCUUCCCUCCUUCCAUCUUUUGCUCCCUUCCUUCUCCACUUGGACCAUCAGGAGCCAAACCAGCCGGAGGAUGUUGUCAUCUCUCUCCUCUUGCUCUGGCCCGCCUCCACCUGACCAAACAGCGACCUCUGACUCCCGGCACGUCACCAUGGAAACGUACUGGCGAGAAGUCCAAAGCAUUGAAGAGGAGCAGGAGGGAGAUAAGGAGGAGGAGGAGGAAGAAGAGAGGAAGAGUAUGGACGGUAGAGGUGGAGUUGGAGGAGGCGUGGCUAACAGAGGCGGGGUUAUCGUCGUUGGUGACGGGCUUGACGUCGGAAGAGGCUCCGCCCCCGGCCGAGGCGCUCCUGUCCACGCUGACGUACCAACAGGCCGCCACCGUCAAGGCGAGACUGGACAAUUACAAGCACACCAUGAGGGAAAGGAACAGACCAAUCAGGGACGUGCGAGACGUUUUUGCGUCGGACUCGGAAGCAAACCCCGCCUCUCCCAGUCAGUGCACGGAGUCACCGCCGAGCCGCUACCAUACCACCACCAAAACUAUUCGCCGCAACACAACAUCGGUGCGACCCAGGCUUCCCAAUUGUUAUCUACCUGACGACGGGCUAUUUCCCGCUAACACUCCGCCCUCUUCCACGCACACUUCAUCACCUUUCCCCGGCCAGGAGAGGCAUGCUGAUUGGCUGGUGCGUGACUGUCCCUACUCUGAAGGUGUGGCUGAGCAUAAAAGAGGCGGGGCGCAUUGUUGGGAUUGCCUGCAUUUCCAGGGAGAGGACAACAAAGACACGCCAUUUGUCUGUCCACCUCAAGGGGUCACUUUUGCAGACGACCUGUCCUCAGGUGACUUGAAGAAACUGGGCUUCAUCUGCCACAUCGAGCUCUCCACCUUCCUCCAUGCUUUGGGCGUGCAAACCAAACGCACCCGGUCGACACGCUCCAGGGGCUGGGAUGGCGCCGUCUUUGGCGUUCCUCUCAACACGCUGUUGGAAAACGACAGGAGGAAGUUCCCGGGGGUCAAAGUUCCAGUUGUCUUUCAGAAGUUGUUGAGUGUUUUAGAGCAGAGUGGCUUGCAGACAGAAGGUAUACUCCGGGUGCCAGGAUCAGCUGCUCGACUCAAAUACCUGCGAAGAGAGCUAGACAGGUGUCCAGAGGGGUUCGACUGGUCCAAAGUGAGGCAGGUAGACGCUGCUGGUUUGCUCAAGCUUUUUAUCCGAGAGCUGCCGACUCCUCUGCUGACACACACACACCUGCCUACCUACCAGGCUGUACUGGGUGUGUCAUCAGCGGUUCACCAGGUUCAGGCGCUGCAGAUGUUGUCCUUGUUGCUUCCUGAGUCGCACAAAGAAACUCUGAGAGCUCUGCUGGCGUUCCUCAGUAAGGUUGUCUCCCAUCAGGACCAGAACAGGAUGUCUCUCUGGAAUGUCUGCAUGGUCAUGGCGCCCAAUCUUUUUGGCCACCAUCACCGUGGUAACAAGCGCUCCUUGGCCAAGCAGCAGGAGGACAUGGAGGAGGCGGUGGGUGGAGCUGACCUGGUACGGCUGAUGGUGGUGAACCAGGACGUCUUGUGGACGGUGCCCAACUUCUUGUUGGCGCAGCUGAGACAAAUGAAUAAAGCGUCCAAUCACAAACUGGGGCUGCCACGUCCUGGACGUCUGCUCAGGAGCAGAAACGACAAAAACAAGAAGCAGGUCACAGAGCUGUGUGACGGUGUCAUCAAGGUUCACGCCCCUCUCCACACCAAAGUUUCCAUGGCGAUACAACUUGACAGACAGAUGAGAGCCAGAGAUGUCACCGCUCACUUUAAGUGUGACAACAGUGGCGUCCAGCGCCUCUACGAAGUUGGAGGAAACAUCGGCGAGCGUCGUCUUCACCCGGAUUGUCUCCUUUUGGAUGUCUACCACGUCAACCCUCACUGCGAUUGGCUGAUCAAGCACUGACACGCCCACUUUUGAUCCUCUCAUGAUGUUGUGUUGGUUCUUGCUGCUAAAGUGUUGUUUUGUAUACGAUGAAUCCAAUCCAAUAACUUAAAUGUACGCAAACUUAUGCAGUUCAGACCACCAAUGCACUUUGAAAGGUGCUACUGUACGUCUAAAGCUCCGAAGGUUUGACAGCCAUAUUUGAAUUACUUGUUUUUUCAAAGGUUUCUUACAUAAACUCGCCAUGUUGUGUGAUUACAUGUCCACUCUGCACAAUUAUUGUACAUUUCUGCUCAUUAAACUGAACAGAUGUAUUUUAUUUCAAGUAGAAUUGAGCCAACUAUGUACAAAGUUUGGUUUCGACUGAAAAAAAACAUGGCACUUCUUUGCCCGUUUUGACAGUCAUUUAAAAAAAAAAAAUAAACUACAGAGUCCAGUCCAGGUGUUAGGAGCAGC